AUGCCAUCGGCCUCCGACCUGAGGAUUCUCGAACUCGCUUCCAGCAUACCAAGACGUCAACCAGCCAGGACAACGGAGACGCCAUACCGCCUCUCCAUUGACCGUGCCCCCUCUGUUGAGGCAGAAGCGAAUUGUCUCCAUGGAUCAGCAUCACCGAAGUACGAGACAAGAUUUAUGCCAAGAGCUCGAGAUAUUAUGGCUGGGCAUAGAGUAGCGGAAGGUAUCAAGAGAUUCGUAUGCGGCAGAUGCAUGCUACCUCGUACCCUCUUGAGACGCAAGCUUACGCUGAGCCCGAUUGUGCAAAACAUGUGCAAAGGAAGAGUCUCAGCCAGCCUUGGUAGUUCUUGGUCGCAGCAUCAUCUCUUCGAGCAGGCCGGCCCAGGCUCUGUAAGCUGUGUGAAAGAGAGUGAGCAUCGAAUCCUCGAAACAAACAUCGGUGAAGCAGAAGGGCGGAAGACGCGACUCCAGCUAAGCUGCCAAGCUUCUCGGCCUCUGUACGGAGUAGAGGUACUUGCACUGCGACGCGGGUCCACCACAAUUCCCCGCGACGCAGGGCCGCAGAUGGUCAAUCGGUGUAUGGUAACAGGCGCCACGGAGCGGUACGACCACGCCGUAACCAACAGAUUGCCGGACUCCGGUGUCGCAGAAGACGUGCAAUUAAGGUUAUUAUUCACGUGA